UUUUCAGAUAAGUGCUAUUUACUACUAAGAGUUAACAAGCUUCUUUUCAUCUAUCAUGUGUUGUGAUGUUUUUUUGCUCUGCCUCGUGUAGUGUCAGUGGAAAAAAAAACACUUAAAAUUUUGCUCAUGUCUGCUGCUGAAAGUUAAGAAAGACUUAUAAGAAACAUUUUGCUGUCAUGAUUAUCUAUCACCAUCAGUGUUUCUGAAAUGGUGCUCCUUGAAUUGUGCGGCUUCAUUGCUUCUUUAAGAUGUAGUGUAGAACUGUAGACAGAGAUCACCAGCUUUUAUAUCCUAAUGCACACGAAAUUCCUAUCGAAAAUUGCCAGCUCUUCUUGGUAUAUAGAGUAUAAUAAAUGUUAAAACAAGUAUGGAAUUUACCUGAAUCUAUAAGACAUAUCAUAUAGAGAUUAUAUAUAGAUGGCUUAUUGGUGAUUUGUGUCUUUUAUUUGCAUUUAGGUUUUUUUGGCCAACAACAAAAAAAUAGGAUAGGAAAUUGUAAAAGAUAAUUAGAAUAGCUAGCAUAAUAAUAAUAAUAAUAACUUGAAAAGGGUGUUUUAAAUCGAUUCCUAUUUUAAGUAACAUUGCCUACUUUGAUUAUAGUUCUUCGAUUUCAGAGUUUAGUGUGUGGAUCACUAUUACUCAUUUUAUUUUGCUUUUUGAUUAUGCCUUUUUGUGUGUGAGUGUGUGUGUUAACUUUUUCGCGAUCAUUUUCAUUUUGGAUUUGAUUGAGAUGGAAGGUGAUUCUAUAGGGGUUGUAGUAUAAUUGGUUAUUGUUUUUUUGUGUUGAUCAUUGCUUUAGUGAUCAGCGUUAGCUUACAUUACGAGUAUACAAGUGGAUCAGGCAAGCUUGUCAAUUGUUUGUACUUUAACAUUAUUUUGACACAUGAUAUUUUUAAUAUGAAGAGUAGAAAAUUAAAGAAUAUACAUUUAUAUAUGUUAUUAAAAUAUUUUCUAUUCUAAUUGAAAUAGACUUUGUUGCCAAAAUUAAUCAAGUUGGAGGAAAAAAAAAUAAUGAUCAUACACCGUCAUCCUUGGCUAAAAAUACUAUUCUAAUUAUAUACUUCCUCUGUUUUUUUUAGUUGACACCUUUCUAUUAUCACGCUUGCCAACGCAUGUUUUUAACGAUUAAUAUCUCUAAUUAUAAAUAUUGUAAAAUUAUAAAAAGUGGAUAUUAAUAAAAUAUACAUUGAAAUGAUUCAAAAAAGAUCCCACAUGAAUAUGUUUUAUCGUAUCUAUAAACCACAAAAGCGAGUCAAAGCGUGUUGUGUGAAUAGUGUAAAAGUCAAACAGUUUCAACUAAAAAAAAAUGGAGGAAGUAGUUCCUUAAAAAUGGAAAGAAAAUAUUAUAGUUAUGGAGGUUUGACCAAAGGAAAAAUAAAAGAAAGAAAGAAAAAAAAAGGCGGGAAAAUAUUUAAUUUGAAGAUGACACGUGUCAUUUCUGAUUCGCCUUUAGUAUAUAGUUAUAGAUAUUUGAGUAUCUCGCUUUUAUUGAAAUUAAGUGUGACAAUUGAAUUGUUAUGUUUGGUUUUGAUGGUGGGAAGAUACGUCAGGUGUUAAAAAAGAAAAAGGUUUUCUUACACUUUCCUUAGUUCAUACUUCAAUUUUUUGGUUGAGAUUGCGACUUUUAGGCUACUGUUAACUUCAUAAUCAUGAUAGUAUGUGAUUGCUUUGUUUAUUUUUCAAUAGUGAUUGAUUUCUCUUUUACAAAUGGUAUGAUGAGCAUAUAUCGUUUGCUGUUGCUGUGGUUUAUAUUUAACUGCUAACAUUUUGAUCAUGUUGUUGGUUUAUUCUUAUUUUGAGGUGGGGAUGUGGGGGUGUUUAUAUUGAACGAAAUUUAGUUAUAUUAUCUUGUUACAUAGUGCUUUUUUAGGUGAAAUCUUUGCUAAAACGAGUGAGAUUACAUGUAUGUUAGUUUCAUUUUUAGCUUCUUAAAUGAAUUUCUAGCUGUUUAUAGAUAAAUGAAUGAAUUGGGUUGAACAAAUAUGUAGAGAGUUUUUUUGGAUUGUGUUUGGGUCGGAUGUGUUGUUUUGUUGAUUAUUUUUCAUGCUUUUAGGGUUUUGGAAGUGUGAGAAGCUAAUCUAUUGAUUGAAUUGAGGAUUAAGAAGCCGAUUGUGUGUGUAAGGGUGAGCAAUAUCUCAACUUUAUAGAAAAAUAUUCUGUAUGUUUGUAAUUUGGAUUUUACUAGAAAAUGGUUGUUAGGUUGCUAGAUUUAUUGCUUACUUUAUUUGAUCUAUGUAAUUCUUACUUAGGUAUAUGGUAUUGUUGCUUUAAUUAAGUGACAGUUGAAAGGCUAUUUGAUGGGACAAAACUAGAAAGAGAGAAAAAUAGAAAGAAGGAUUUUAUCAUGCUUUAGUAAACUCUGGGAUUUCUUUUCAAUUGGAUUGAAAAACGGAUUUUAAAUGUAUAUAUCUGUAAAAGUUGUCAAUAUCUUCUACUAAAUUGUGAUCUCUUGUGAUUUUAUUUUUGUAGCAUGUGAGAUUUAGGGUUCAUUAUGCAUUAUAUAAAUACAAUAAGUAAUCAUGGUUGUGCAUGGUUUGAUUGUAUUCACAGCAGUCUGUGAGUGUUCGAGGCUACGAUUGUGGUUGUUGAUUGUGUUUUACUGGUAUGACUGGUUUAUAAUUGUCUAUUAACUUCCCUCUUUUUUUUUACUCCUAAGGUUUGGUCCUAUGUUUUUGGGUUUGGUGACUUUGGUCUAUAGCUCUAGCAGUUUGGGAUUGAUUAAGUUUGUUUUAUAGCUCUUAAAUGUGGGCAAAAUUUUGCGAGCUGAUGUUGUUUUCAAUACUCAUAAAAUUUCAGUGACAAUAUAUAGUUGCCCCCAUUGACCCUGGUUCAUAUUCUCUUCCAGUCUUCCUUCUUCACCAUAUCUAUGUUACUCCCUUUUUCUCUAUCUGUCUUUCUCUUACACAGAGGCACACACAGAUGAGUGCUUAGUCUCUCACCCAUAAGGUAUUUAUCACUUUUGUGGAAGCUCCUAGAUUGACAAGCCAUCCAUGUGCAAUUACUUCAGUGGCGGUCCAAUGCUGAAUUCCAUAAAGGGGAAGAGCAUGUCAAAUGAAUGUUGAGCAUGUCAAACAAAACGCAAGAAGAGCUCACACACCAUAGCUUAUUCAUCUGCCAAUGGCCUUGAUUUUGUUUGGUUUAAGACGGGGAGCAAGAACGUUCCUCGUUCUUUAACAAAGAUGUUGAAGAGACCGGGAGAGGAGCCCUCCCAGCCUACUUCUAAAUCUCGAAGGGUUCUGGCUGCCCCUGCCUCUACUGGAAGGCCGUUUGUGCCUGAGAGUCCCACCUCAGCAGGCAAAAGGCUGAAAGACCUUGGCCUAAGCACAGAGUCAGCUAAGGUUGAAACGAGGGAGAUCCAAAUUCCCUCAAGCCUGGUCAAGCUUGGGCCUAUGCGAGUCAGCCUGAAAAUCAAGGUAUGGCUCUCACCUUUGAUCCCCCCUAGCCGCUUGGGCCUAUGCGAGUCAAGUCCCAAGCUACCCAAUCAGGGGAUUCUUCAGGCAGCCGGCAGAAUGUAGGUGCCGCCUAUGCUCAAUACUUAACCAAUAAAUCUGUUGAUGCAGAUGCCUCUUCUCGUUUGCCUGACCUCCAACAGUACGCUAAGAGGAUGCUGAGGACCCUUACCCGGUCCGAAAAGGAGGCGGUGCCGGGUGUACACCAGGUCAACAUAGACCGCAUCAACUCACUGCUCGCUAAGGUGAUGCUAAGGGUAGACGACAUGAUGGUCCCCUUGCGAAAGAAGCAGGAGGAGGUAAGGGAUGCCUAUAGAAGGGCAACCGAUCUCAUAAAUGUUACCCAAUAUAAGACCUCAAUGUAUGAAAUACAAACUAAAAGCCGGGAGAUAAAACAGGAGGAGCUUAUCAAGGAGCUCACGGCUGAUGCUGAGACGGCCAACAAGAAGGCGGCUGACUUUGAGCUGCAAGUUAAAAACCUCCAACCUGAUGUCAAGGCAUUGGGGGAGGCUGACAAGGAGAAUACUGAGCUGCGAGUAGACGUCUCCCGGUUGAAGAAUGAGCUGGCCCAGACUCAGGUGAAUCACAAAGCUAAGCUAGAAGCUGAGCAAGGCCGACUGAUCUCCGAGAACAAGCGCGACUGUGAAGAGCGUAUGAAGAUGGACUGGUCUCUGAUCCACCCGGACACCGACUGGGCUUUCUUUAACCUGCGGUACAAGUACGCCAUUGAGGUGUUCGAUGCCCAGGUCCUCGGAACAAAGAAGCCGGCUCCCUUUGAAGAAUGGGCCGGCAUUGUCGAGGAAGAAAAGGAGGAGCAGGUGGAAGAACAAGCGCAGGGUGAGACUGACGAAGCUCAAGCCUAACAAACUCAAGACGCCCCUCCUUCUGGCCAGGGCCAGACGUCUUAGCGUCAGCAGCAGCAGCAACAAUGACUUUAUUUGUUUUUGUUUCUUUUCUACCUCCGGCCUGCGAGCCGUGUACUUUUGAUGUAUCUACUUUCCCCGGACGUAGGUCCGGCAGACAAUCUUUUCUGUUAAUUAAUGGGCGUUAGAACGGUCGCACA